AUGAGCUGGGUCUUGCUCGGGUUGCGUUCCUUCUCAGGAGGAGCGACAUGGYAUUUCUUCCACUUCCACUUCACCCGCGUCGCAAACUUCCUCACAUACACCACCACCAACGUACUUCAACUCGCCCGCGCCAGCGCAUCAACACUCAUGGCCACGCUGCGAAGAGACUCCAAGGACGACCGCGACCGCGACAGCAAGGCCGAUGUCGACGUCGUCCGGCGGAUGGUGCACCUCCAAACCAAGGAGGAAUGCCGCCUCUCCGACGACACCAUCCAAGUCUGGACUGUUGAGCUGCCUAGUAAGCAUGCUGAAGGGAUCCUGAAAGUGAUUAAAGAAAAGGUCCCCGAGCAGGACUUGAUCGACCUGCAGCACCUGCGCCGCUUCGCCAAACCCAAGUACUURCCUGCACACGUGCUGGGCCAGCGUGAUCUCGUCAAGGAGAUGUACGCUGUUCCGCGCGCCUGGGAGGUCACACCCGUCACGGUCAUGCAGGCGCCGCAGACCUCGGUCUGGGAGUACGCCACGCCAUCGCGACCACGUAACAGCGGCAAAUCUCAGACGCUCCAUCUGCUCAUCUGCCCGACUCGGGCUAUGAGCCUGCGGGACCUGUAUGAAAUCUUGAAGGAACACACUCCAUUCUGCUCAUCGGCUGAGUCAUGGGCCUACCCGUUGGAGAUCAAGGAGAUCACCGUGCCACUUCUGGCCCCCACGAGUUCUGCACAGGCUGAUGAGCUUUCUAAAGCAUACUGGCCGACCUUCUAUCGGAAGACCAACCCCUUUGGUGCUCAUCCUGCCAGUAUCUCCAAGGCCGAGGACGAGCUCCAAAAUCCACCGGAGAACAACAUGGGGAUCGAACGUGCCAUGGAUCUUGCCGAGCUGGUUGGAGCCGAGGGUGUCCGCCGCGGGAUUGGAGCUGGACCUGGAUGCGUGAUCAUCGAGCGUAUCGAUGGUGAUACUAACAUCAUUGCAGUUGCCAGUGACGCACGCUACAAACCACAAGAACAUCAGUUCGCCGAUGAUACCACAAACAGCUGCGGUCGCGGUAACAUGAUGGGUCACGCGGUCAUGCGAGCUGUUGGCAUGGUCGGACGCAAGCGCCUCCGCGUCGCUUCUACCGGCAUCACCAAGGCUGCGGCCAAAGCAGAGAGCAACUUCACCAAGGGUGGUCUCGCGCUCGACGAAAAGGCUCGCGAUGCUUUCUUUCUCGAUCUCCCCAUCAUGGAGUUGGAGGAGGAGUACUUCAAGGUGGACAAUCUCAAGCCAGAUGGCUAUCUCUCUUUGAAGCUCGAAAUCUUCCUCACCCACGAGCCUUGCAUAAUGUGCUGCAUGGCCUUGGUUCACAGCCGCGUUGGCCGUGUCAUCUUCAAGCAUCGUAUGCCCAAGACAGGCGGCUUGACUGCCGAGACUUUUAGCAACAACUCCGGUCCUGUCGGCCUCGGCUAUGGUCUCUGUUGGCGGAAAGAGCUCAACUGGCAGUUCAUGUGCUGGGAAUACAAGCCAGCGGCGGACGAAGGCUCAGGCUCCCGACAAGACAACCCCAAGGAUUCUGAGAAGUACCCAGCAAAAGGACAAGAUACAGUAGACAUCCCCAGUGCUAAUGUUACCACAAGCAGCUUUGGGAGCAUGCACGUUUAG